UGCCGGGCGCCGCUGCCGCCGCCGCCGCCCGCGCCAUGGCCCCGCUGCCGCCGCCGCUGCUGCUGCUGGUGCCGGCCCUCCUGGCCGCCUCCGCCGGCCGUGCCCCGCCGCGCAGCAUCGCCGUGGUGGGCGCCGGGCUGGGCGGCUCGGCCGUCGCCUACUUCUCGCAGCAGCAGUUCGGGCCGCAGGUGCAGCUGGAUGUGUACGAGCAGGCCGGUGUGGGUGGCCGGCUGGCUACCGUCACCGUCAACAAGCAGCAGUACGAGAGCAGGGGUGCAUCCAUCCACGCCCUCAGCCUCCACAUGCAGGACUUCGUCAAGACCCUGGGCCUCAAGCACCGGCGUGAGGUGCCAGGGAAGAGUGCCAUAUUCAGCGGGGAGCACUUUGUCCUGGAGGAGACCGACUGGUACCUGCUCAACCUCUUCCGGCUCUGGUGGCACUAUGGCAUCAGCUUCCUGCGCCUGCAGAUGUGGGUGGAGGAGGUGAUGGAGAAGUUCAUGAGGAUCUACAAGUAUCAGGCGCACGGCUACGCCUUCUCCAGCCUGGAGGAGCUGCUGCGCUCGCUGGGGGGUGACGCCUUCGUCAACAUGACGCAGCGCUCGGUGGCCGAGUCCCUGCUGGAGGUGGGUGUCACGCAGCGCUUUGUGGACGAUGUCAUCGCGGCCGUCCUGCGCUCCAGCUACGGCCAGUCGGUGCUGGUGCCCGCCUUCGCAGGAGCCAUGUCACUGGCAGGGGCCCAGGGCAGCACGUGGGCGGUGGAAGGAGGCAACAAGCUGGUGUGCUCAGGUCUGCUGAAGCUGACCAAAGCCAAUGUCAUCCCUGCCAGGGUGACGGGCAUCUCUCUGCACAGCUUGGAAGGGAGAGCCCUGUACCAAGUGCACUACGAGGGCAGCGAAGGCCAGGGCUCGGCUUUCUACGACAUGGUGGUGGUGACAACUCCCCUGCACCCCAGCAGGAGCAACUUCAUCUUUGAGAACUUCGAGCCGCCUAUCGCCAACUUCCCUAGUGCCUUCCAGCCCUCUGUCACCUCCGUGGUGCACGGCUACCUCAACUCUUCCUACUUCGGCUUCCCCGACCCCAAGCUCUUCCCCUUCGCCAGCAUCCUCACCACCGACACCCCCGACCUAUUCUUCAACGCCAUGGACAACAUCUGUCCUGUCAACAUCUCGGCGGCUUUCCGUCGCAAGCAGCCCCAGGAGGCUGCGGUGUGGCGAGUCCUGUCCCAGCAGCCACUGGACAAGCAGCAGCUGAAGACCCUCUUCAGGUCCUACUACUCGGUACAGGUGAUGGAGUGGCAGUCGUACCCCCGCUACGACUCCACCAAGUCCCUCCCGCCCAUCAUGCUCCAUGACAACCUCUUCUACCUCAGCGGCGUGGAGUGGGUGGCCAGCUCCAUGGAGAUGAUAGCCGUGGCAGCCAAAAACGUGGCCCUCCUGGCUUACAACCGCUGGUAUCAGGACCUGGAGAAAAUUGACCAGAAGGACUUGAUGCACAAGGUGAAGACUGAGCUGUGACGUGCAGGGGUGGCGGUACGGUAGCCAGGGGAGUAUUUAUUGCCUUGGGAACAGCACGGGGUUUGGGGCAGGGGGUGAGGGACGGGCUGUGUCCCAGAUGACUUGAACAAGCUUUGCCUUCAGGAAUACGG